CAAUGAGGAGCGCUGAGCUCUGCCAUACAUGGUUGUCGGAAAAAGAACAGUAGAAAGUGUAAAACCCAUGAAAGUCGAAGAAUGAAUGGGACGGCUUACUCCAACUUUGACAAUCAAGAACAUGUCUUGAAAUUGGGAGAGACGUUUGAGAAACACCCCAAAAGUGCCUACCACACAGUGCGAUAUGACUUCAAACCAGCCUCAAUCGACACAACAUGUGAAGGGGAACUUGAAGUGGGAAAGGGAGAGCAAGUCACGAUUACUUUACCCAAUUUAGAGGGUUCCAGUGCUCCCGUAACAGUCUUCAAGGGUUCUAAGAGGCCGUACAUGAAAGAGUGCAUCCUGAUUGUGAACCAUGACACUGGAGAAUACAGACUGGAAAAACUCAACAGCAAUAUAGCUGUGAAGAAGACCAGAGCCGAAGGCAGCAGCAAGAUCCACUCUCGCAUCGAGCAACAGACAAGUCGUCUGAGCCAGCAGAUGAGGAGCAACAACCACAGUAGCAGCAGCAGCAGUAACAAGACCUCAGCCAGUUCCAAGAGUUCUCCUCCCAAAGAGAAGACAUCCCCAGCUUCCCCCAUGGAUGACAUUGAGAGAGAACUAAUGGCAGAGGCACAGGUCAUGGAUCAGCUGAGCAGCAGCAACAGCUCCUCAGACUCCAACAGCUCCUCGUCCUCCAGCAGCGGUGACAGCUCCAGCAGUGAUUCAGAGGACGAACGCGCACCGGCGCCACCCUCGGCUCCAGCCAACCACAGCAUGCCAAUCAUCAACACCAGCAUCCACCGCCAGGAGAGUGGGGGCCACCGCCAGGAGAGUGGGGGCCACCGCCAGGAGAGUGGGGGCCACCGUCAGGAGAGUGGGGGCCACCGUCAGGAGAGUGGGGGCCACCGCCAGGAGAGUGGGGGCCACCGCCAGGAGAGCGGAGGACUCAUGAACACACUCAAGAAUGACCUUCAGCUGAGCGAAUCCGGUAGUGAAAGUGACUGAACAACGGGAGCACGUCCGCCUACCUGUGGACAUCAGGAAUCAGGCACUGGCCUGUCAGUCCUACUUGCUUUAAAAUCUGUGCCUGUCUUUUCUACAUAUCCACAAUUCUGCUUACAAAUAUUGUAUAAUUUGUUGCCUCUCUGCCAAUGAGCUUAGAAUUUCACGUUUUAUUUAUUGCUUACUGAUCUGUAUUUAGUGUGCGUGUGUGUGCAGAUUAUGUGUGAGAUUAAAGAGAUGCCUUAGUUUAGAGAGACGUGAUGUGAUCAGUGUAAGAGAAGCAGUAAACUAUGCAUAUCUAAUCUAAGACGAUGUGUGCAUAUCAGAGACAGAAUGAUACUCGUGUAGUGUAGAUGGAUGUUUCUUGCCUUUAAUCAUUUUGCCAUAAACCACCACUGGAGUUUCUGUAUUACAGUUUAGCAAGGUUAGAGACUUUUAUUUUGCCUGUAGACCAGAUGUUUAAUAGCUCAUCUUCUUUUCAAAGAGUCUCUGCUGCAUUAGCCUUUGAUUGAAGACAAAACUCUAAAUGGAAAUAUAACUUUCUAGUUAGGAUGAGUGACACUGAUCUGACACCGAUGUGUCUUCAGCUGUGAUCUUACUGAGUCACUUGUAACGCUGGGUUCACACGCACGAAUACCGCUCUUGGACGUUACCAAUGUUUAUAGUCGGGACAGUAUACUGUUUGAGCUAAAACAUUAAGUGCCACAUGCAGUGCAAGCAAAGUGAAGCAACGGACCCACUAUGCAGUUUGGCGACACUUGACGCUGCUCUAUUCAAAGUGAAUGGGAAAUGUUUCUGUUGAUGCCUCCACUGUAUGUCGGUGUGAAUCCAGUGUACGAACCUCCAUUGAUGAUAGAAGUGUGUUUAAGUCCUUGUUUAUAUAUCUCAGUAAAUAAGUGGGUCUGAUCCAUUCUUUCAUAGUGCACUAGUGCUCAGUCGACUCAGUUAGGGUCAUGCUUUGUAGCUUUAAACCUGCAGUACUUGAAUCUAUUUAUAUUUCAAAAUAUACGCGACCAAUAGUGAAUUGCUUAAUAUAUUUUAUACAUAUUUUAAUAGCCAGUCAAUUGGUAGUGCAAGUUAGAGUGAAACUGUGAUGUGGAACAACUCGGAUGCUUUGAUACUGCACCUCAAUUUGAGUCUUACAGAACAUCAUGUGCCUUUUUUUUUUUGUUAUUUUUGCCUUUGCCAGUUACGACACGUGUAGUCUUAUUUUGUCACCGCUGAGCUGUGUCACGUCACAAGAAGCUGCACAUGCACAGUGUGUUGCAGUGUCUCUUUGGCGUGAGGUUUUUAUUAUUUGAGGAGCCAAUGAAGGGAAGGAGGUGGUCUAUGUGCAACAUUUGUUAACAACUCAAGAAUAAUUUCUUUGUAUGUAGAAGAAUAAAGAUUUUAACUGUU